GAGAGGAGCAGAUCUGCUGAGGAGCCUAGCGAGGAGGUGUGUGAAUCAGGACUUUCCUGUUGCUCUGUUCUUUCCUGUUGAGAGCUCCUUCAGCUGAGGCGUUACAGGUCAGUCAUGCAGUCCUGCAGUUCUGCUCUCUGUAUCCUGAUCUUACUGAUCUCUACAUUCAUUACUGAGAUAUUGUCAGUUAAUCCUCCAGUGAAGGUGAAUCUUCAUGACUCUGCUACUCUGUCUUGCUCUGGGAGAUGUUCUGGUUUGGUCAGAUGGACUAAGUUCCAUAAACGCAGUGAUACUCUGGCUGAGUGUAAUCAGACUUCAUGUAGAUCAGUGAAGGAGGGAUAUCAGAUGAUCCAUGAUCAGUACCUGAAGGGAGUUCUCUCUCUCACCAUCACUGAUGCUGAUUACAGUAAGAGAGGCUGGUACACGAGUGACUGUGAUGGUAAAGAUCUCUGUGAUGUGCGUCUUCAGAUUGAGCUGUUAAACACUUCACUUCAAAUAAACCCUGGUGAAUCUCUGGUCCUGGAGUUGGAGAUACCAGAGGAGGUGGAGGUGAUUUAUAAAGGUGCAGCUGGACCAUCCAGUGGUCAGAUCUGUACAGUGGAUGGACAAUCACUACAGUGUAAACCUGAAUAUAAGCAAAGAGUGUCGACUGCUCUUCAGCUGAGAGGAGUGACUCCAUCUGACAGUGGAGUUUAUACAGUAAUGGACAAAAAGAAUGAAGAGGCCAUUCACAUCUACACAGUGACCGUGGGGUCAGCAGGUGGAGAUGAUAAAGUGAAGAAUGACCAUCCAGAUCUGGACACAGAUAGAGGAGCUGCUGUUCCAGUGUGGGUCACUGUACUGAUUGUACUGGUGGCUGUACUUGUAGCUGUGAUUGUGGUGUUAGUGGUGGUGAAUGUGCAGCUGAGGAGAGAAAUUCAGCAGCUCUGGAUGAAGAUUGAAAGACUGAUACUUUAUCUGAAUGGACACCAGUGACUCUGAGUGAUCUUCACAAAACCAUCUUCCUUU